AUGCGACGCCGCGAUCGCGCGCAGAGGCGUCCGUCUGGGGACGACGGAGAAGAUCAACCGCGACUUGGUCUGCCUCGCUCUUCUCCGUUUUCUCUUUCCGAUCCUUCUUCGCCUUCUUCCUCUCCUCGCCCAUCAUCCGUCUCUCCGCCUCUCCAACCUGCUUCCGCACCUCUCUUCUUCGUUCCCUUCCUUCGUCUUCCUCAGCACUCUCCGCCAUGUUCCGAUUCUGUCUUUUCGUCUUCUCUUGCGGCGGCUUUGACUCACCCUCGGGCCGGAAUCUUCCUGUCGCGCUGCCUGACGGAGUUGCAACAGCUGCGCAUGCACACGCAGCCCUUUGCUUCUCUGUCUUCUCUGUCUUCUCUGUCUGCCUUGGAGGCGCGAACGUCCGACUCAGCUGCUGUGCGGCGUUUGGACGAGAGGAGAGAACGAGCGGAAAAUCUGCUUCCACACGUCUUUCUGAAUGCACCUGCGCGGCUCUCAAAUCUCCUCGCCGCCCAGCAACGAAAAGCGGAAGACAGAGAGGAAGGCGGCGGGGCGCAGGUGCCGCGCAUGCAAACAGAAACUGACGAGAAGGCAACGCACACGGGAGAAACCGACGCGCCGCGCUCGCCGGCCUGCCGCACGUGCGGCGGCUUCGCGCUUCAGGUGUACAUACACCUGAACGGCCUCCUCGGUUGGCCGGAGAACGGGGAGGAGGAGAUUUCCGAGACCUGGGUUCGAUCCAGUGAAGGCUCGUCUGCUCCCUUCUCGGCUCUUUCUCAAGACGGCGUGAAGGCAGAAAGGCAGACAGAGUGUCGUGAGCGCGAUUCCAGCGCGACAGAGACUGAGAGAUGCAUGCGUCAACAAACUGAAAGUCGCUUCCUUCUCCACUUCACCCUGGAAGUCUACGCAGAUCACCCCUUUGAGUCGCCGUGCCUCUUCUUCAGACGCCUCGUGUCUCUCGCCGACCUUAUAGACUCAAAGCAACCAGAACAUCUUCCGUGUGGUUCUCAUCCUUGUCCGUCUUCUUUUCCACAUGCUUCUCGUGCGCGAUGCUCGACCGCUCGAGCGUCUUUGCAUCCCUGGCCGCGCUGUCGCGUGCUUGCCGAGGAGAUGAAGGCGCGGCUGGUCGGUUUGACGGCGAGGCGUCCCUCGGCGUUUCUCACGCAGUCUGUUCUCAGCGAAAGCUGGAUGCCCUCGCUGUCUCUGGUCCUCUUGCUGCGGCGGCUGUGCGCGUUUCUGCUGGUGCUCUCUCUGCAACUGACCGAACAGCGCGCGGCGCUCCCGCCCUCACCAGAGACCCGCGAGCAGACCGUCGGCCGCGCGAAAGACAGCCGCGUGGAACGGGAAGCGAUGCGUUGCUCGACAGAGAGGCGAGGCGCGCGAAGAGAAACCAGAGAGAACCGCGACGCCUUCUGGCUGUGUGCAACUCUGCAGAAACUCAGAGGGCUCGGCAAACCGACAGUUUGUCUCCUCCUCCUCUUCGUGCUCCUCCUACGGGCUGCUUUGGGCCUCCAUCCCUACAGCGGCGAGGGACGCAUGCAAACGGGAUACGGCGACUUCGAAGCGCAGCGCCACUGGAUGGAGAUUGCGUUCAAUCUCCCGAUCGCCUUCUGGUACACCUACGGGACGUACACCAUCUCUCCACAAACUUCUCCAUCUUCUUCGUCUGCAGAUUCUUUCUCUUCCGAUUCUCUCCGUGCCUCUCUGCCGGUUGCGGGGAGGCGCAGUCGCGGAGUCUCCGAGCUGCCGCUUCAGCUGCACGAAGAUCGGCGAGAAAAAGGGGAGGCCUUGCACAUGCACGCCAGGACUCAGCGGCUCUGGUGGCCUUUAGACUACCCGCCGCUCAGUGCCUUUUUCGCAGGGUUCCUCGCCCCGUUUGCCUUCCUCGUUCAUCCGCCGUCCAUGAGUUUUUGGACGUGGCGACGUCACGCGCGCUUGCACAUGCCGAGAGGAGACACAGAAAGAAAAGAAGAUAGAGAAGGCAAGGAGGAAGGUGAUACAGACGCAGGAGACCAAGAAGAGCAUGAACACGAAACAGGGGUGGGAGGGAGAGAGGAACGGGAGGCGCGGCGUGGUGAGGAAGAAGGUGGAGAGUGGAGAUUGGCGCCGAGGGGCGAUCGAAGAGAGGGAGGAGGGGGAAAUCACGUCGAGAGGAAACCGACGAAUAAAAGUGGACAAGAAGAGAGAAACAGACACAGAGGGGCUGAAGCGGAGCGCGACAGACAGAGACGGAAGGAAGGCUCUUCUGCGACGCGUGAAGAGGACGAUUCGGCUCUUCCUCAGUUCCGCGGAAUUGAAGAAGAUCUCCUCCGCGUGUUCAUGCGCUGGACUGUCGUCAUCUUCGACUUCCUCGUCUUUGGAUUCGCCUCCCUCUAUUUCUGCACUCUGUCGUCGCCAGCUCCUGAACGGCGACAUGAAGACACAGAGGAAGAAGACGAAGAGGAAGACGGGAGAGACAGCGUCAGGAUACGUGGGUGCGGGGAUGCGUCCAGCGCUUGUUCGCCUUCUGUUUCUACGUCUCGCUCUGCCGCCUUCUCCCUGUGGUCUUUCUGCCUCGGCCGCUUCACGCGUUCUCCUUGCGCGUGUGCGUCGCCAGAGACGCAGGCCUUCCUCGCGCUUCUUCUCCUUCUUCUCUCGCCUCCGCUCCUCCUCGUCGACGAUGGCCACUACCAGUACAACGGCGUGGCGCUGGGUUUCGUGGUAGCAGCCGCUGCGCUCCUCCUGCGCCGAAAGGAUCUCCUCUGCGCCGUUUGUUUCACUCUUGCUCUACUAUUCAAGCAGACAACCCUCUAUUUCGCCCCUGCCUUCUUCGCGGUUUUGCUGUCUCGCGCAACUCAGCGCGUUCACUUCCAAGGGUCUGAUUUCGGGUGUAUGUACAGCCUAAUGGCAACGUUUUCCCUCUUUCACCUCAUGGAGAAAGACGCCCUGGUGUUUCCCGCGGUUCUUCUUCUUCUCGCGUUCUUCUUCCUCUCUUCCCUCCUCGUGCCACAUCUACGCCCGCCUGCGCCGCCCUUCGACUUGCGGGUCUCUCUUUCUUCUCUCUGUUCCCAGCGGGCUGUCUUCCUCUCCACCCAAAUCUCGGGAGGAAACAAAGUCUUUCCGUCCUCGCUGUCUGCUCCGCGCUCUCCUUUCUCUGCCUCCGCGUAUUCUGGUUCGCGCUUUUCAAGGCACCGCGACUUUUCCGCGCCCUCACGACUCCUCUCCGAGGUUGUUCCUGCUCUGCUCCAGCUACCCGGCUUCCCGAUGCGGCGAGUGUACAUACACCUGCGCUUCGCGGUCGCGACGAUGCGCGCCUCUCUCUUUCCGGCUUCUCUGGUUGUUUCUCCCGCCGCUUCCGCUUCUUCGCGGAGCGAGGCGCGCGACUCGAGGCUUCGCUCGUCUGCGACGCAAAUCCUCGCUUCGCUGCUGUCGCGAAAGCGCGCAGAACUCGACUCCCUCCGCGCGCAAGAAGCUGCAGUGUACAUACACCUCGCAGAGGUGUUGAACUGCAGCGGAAUGGACCUCGUGGGAGGCACCGCAGAAGAAAAGGAGGGCGUUUCCGCAGGUCUCGCAAGACGUUGCCGCAUGCACAGCAGAAGCGCCUGGCUUUCUAGACUCUUUCUCCUUCUCAGCCCAGCUGGUGGGUUGGUGGCUGCUGCCGUCUUGGCCAUUCUUCAGGUGAGGGCGGUUCGUGUCAGCAAGCCGGGCGCUUUAUAA